AUGGCCGUACUGGUAAAGAAGCACGGUAUAGCAGCGGCGUGGAGGGCCCUAGGAGGCAGCCGGGCGUUUCGCGACUUUAUCAAGUACGCUGUUCUCGCCAACCCCACCCUGUACGCCUACCUCAAGACGCCUGCCGGCCGCAAGAUCCUCAAAGAGUACCUCGCCGACUUCCUCUUCGUGCGAAGCAAGAAGCUCAACGGCUUUGUACGCAGCCACGUGCCGGAUUUCAUCCGCGAUGUCGUCCUAGCGAUGAGUCAAUGGACCGCCAACGACGUGGAAGAGACUGCACUCAGGAAGGCGCUCUGCGAGCAGUUUGUUCGCCGCCAUCCCGACGCGUUCAGAUACGUUACCACUCGUGUCAGCAGACUGGUUGGCCACUACGCGCGAUCCUUUUCGGUCACUGAGACAGCCAACCUGGUUGCUGCAGCCGCCGCAACUGGAAAUCUCAGCGCACUGAAACACUUCGCGCGCACCGAGCAGCGACUGUUGUGGUCACAGUCACCAGCGUUUGGAUACCCACUUGACAUCGCGGUGUAUGCGGGCCAAGAUGCCGUAGUCAAGGCUAUUGUGCAACAGGCAAUCACUAACCAGAGUCGAAAAUUUGCCGGACGGUCAUACACCGAGCACUACUCCUUCUGCGAAGCUAUCCGCACUGCUAUCGAGCUGAAAGACAUCCGCAUGGUGAAGUAUCUCCUGAGCAAGUACAUAUCCGCGUUCGGCUUAGCAGAGGAAUUCUGCAUGAAAGCCUGGCUGAAGACGACAAUCGAGUUCGGCGACGAAGACGUACUCAAGCUCAUUCUUACUGUGCCUUCGGGAUACGGUCCAUCGAUCAUAUACGCCGCCUUCGAAACAGCAUGCCGCCUUGCGAAGCCAGAUCUCCUCCAUCUGCUGUUUGGCUCUGAAGUGAGUCAAACCACUCUAUCGAUCAACCAUGUUCAAGGCUUCACAUACCCCCUUCUCACCGCCGUCGAGGCUUGCGCAACGCUAGAAGAUGCCAUCUUCAUCAAGGAGCUACUCAAGCUGGGCGCGGACCCCAAUGGUCCUGCGUACCUAGCUGAUCUCGAUCGACCCCUCGUAGCGGCGAUGCGUGACAGCAAGACCGCCGCUUGUUUGAUAUUGCUUGAAGCUGGUGCUAAUCCGCAUCUGGUAGCAUGUACGAGAUGGGUGAAGAGGAUGAGGAAACUAUACCCCAGGGAUACGGAGGCGGGCAAGGCCUUGAGGAAAGCCCUGAAGACAUGUGAGAAGCCCAAGGUAGCUAGGGAUGAGGACUUUCUUGUUGAGGUAGUCGAGGCGGACGAGGACGUGGAGAUGGACGGAGAUGACGAGAUGGAGCUGUUGAACACCUAG